AAUAGCACGGUUGUUUACUCGCAUACGAACAAUUUAAUUCCAGGAAGAUCGAAUUUCGCCGGUCGCCGCCAUGGAAGGCUACAAGCUUUGGGUGCGGAGAAACAGGGAGUUCGUGCACUCUCUGGAAUCCGUUGCGAAUGGCUUGACAUGGCUUCUUCCAGAGCGCUUCUCCAACAACGAGAUAGGCCCUGAAGCAGUAUAUGCUUUCCUGGGCAUAGUCGGUGCUGUGAAUCAACACAUAAUCAACGCAAACCCCGGAAAAUGUCAGCCUCCGGGUUCGGAGGAACAGAUUCCAUGGUCUUUGUGCAUUUCCAUGCUCAAAGAUUUGGAGACUGUAGUUGAAGUUGCUGCCGAGCACUUCUAUGGCAAGGAGGGGAAGUGGAACUUCAUUAUAAUCUUGGAGUUAACGAAGGCAUUGGUUAGAUUAGGUUCAUUUCAUGACAGUGGAUACAAUAUGCUUCUUCAAGGUGGGGAGGUACUUAAUGUCAAGACGUUUUCGGAGCUUCCAGAAGCUCAUCUUGGUGGACUCAGGAAUCCAGGAUUGAGUGCUGGACAUUGUGGACCUGGGCAAUUACAGCAUUUAAAUGGCCAAAUACCUCCAGGUCUUGAAGGCAGAGCCAUGGCAGCUCUGAACAAGUUUGGGGACAAGGCUAGGAUGGCAUCUGAUCAAAAGUUGUUGAAAAGCUUUCAUUUUAAACCUCCUGCUGUGAUGUUCAAGAAGCAAACUCUUUCAACCAUUUUGUCUCAAAAAGGAGUCUAUGGCAUGUCUUUUGUGUUGGGCGAAGUUAUCUCUAUAUUGAGACCACUUAUUUAUGUUAUUUUGAUUCGAAAGCUUGGAAUUCAAGCUUGGAAGCCUUGGUUUUUUUCUUUGGCUAUCGAACUUGCUGGAUUCAGCUUUCUCUUGUAUGGAACAAGCACCAGUGGUAGAACUGGAGAUAAACUUUAUCAUCCUUCCGCACCAGAGAAAGACGAGAUCAAACGACGGAAACUGAUAUGGGCACUUUAUGUCAUGAGGGAUCCAUUCUUUACUAAGCAUACAAAGCAUCGUCUUGAGAAAAUUGAUAAACUGAUGAACCAGAUCCCAUUUAUUGGGUUCCUCACAGGUAAAAUUGUUGAGCUGCUAGUUGGAGCUCAAACUCGCUAUACUUACACGUCAGGUUCAUAAGAUACUUAAACCAUCAGCAUGUGGCUACCUCUUGUAGGGUUUUGUUUGUCAUUUAUUGCAAGGAUCUGGUUUCUUGAACAUGAAGAUGCAUACCCACUGCAUUACUUGAGCAUCUUUCAACUGAAAGCUAUGUAAAUUAACGAUUUUGUUCACCCAUACAUUUUGAUAGAUGUUUAUAAUAGUUCUCAGUUGGAAUGAGCAAUUUGUUGUGCCCUCUUUUCUAUUGAUGUUCUUAUUACUAUCAUAUUUGGUCAUUUAUUAUGGUGGUUUAGCAACAUUGGGUCAUUCAUGGACUUCAAAACAAAGAACUUGUAUGAUAUGUAAAGUAUACAUAUAUCCGUCU